CAGUGAAAAAAGGCGUGCAAGACAAAGGCACUUCGGAGUGGACUCAAUCUUCCAGCCAUAGAGCUUGAGUGGUUGUGUCUGGAACUAAUAAGAGAAACAUGUCAUCACAAAAUACCACCACAGACUGGCAGUCAGGGAGAGACUUCGCAGAGACGAACCUGUACAUGCUGGAACACGAGAUCACCUGUGACGUCACGUUUAGAGUUGGGACCGAGCAGACGACAGUUCGUGCCCACAGGUUUAUGUUAAUCAGUCGCAGUCACGUGUUCUCCGCCAUGCUUUGUGGUCCAUUGGCUGAGACUGGUGAGAUUGAAAUCCCGGAUGUUGAUGGUGACAGUUUCAGUUUGUUUCUGAGAUUUGUGUACACAAAUGACGUCAUUGUGGAACCCAACACAGUCAUGCACUUGCUAUACUUGGCUAAAAAGUACAACAUUGUAAAAUUACGAGAUCAGUGUCUGAUAUUUCUGAAUGCUGCCAUGACAGUUGAAAAUAUGUUUGUCCUCCUGGAACAAGCGAAGAUGUUUGACGAAAAGUGGCUCAUUGAAAAAGUGAUGGAAUUUAUCGAUGAAAAUGGAGCUUCACUUGUGAAAUCACCAGGAUUCUUAGACCUGUCCCGUGAGUCUGUCGUUGAUAUCAUCAAGUCAGACGACCUUGAAAUUGAGGAGGUUGAUGUGUUUCAUGUUGUGAACAACUGGGCUGAACAUCAGUGUCAGAAACAAGCUAUAGCAGUAACACCGGAAGCGAAACGUGAAGUACUUGGUCCAGUUAUGGAACUAAUUAGGUUUUCUGCUCUGCCUCUAGAGUUUAUUGUUGACGUGGUCGAUGCUAGUGGUUUGUUAACGCCAAUCGAACAACUGGGUGUUCUACAACACUCCAUCUGCCCUGACAAGAAACCUGGCUUAUUUUGCACGAAAAAACGAAUUACGAAAUGUAAAACUGUAUACAGAUUUAAAACUGUGAGUCUGGGUAUCUGGACACCAACUAACAAGACUGAUGCCCUAUCAUUCAAAUGCAACAAACCAAUAAGACUUCGUGGGUUCAUGCUGUAUGGUCCAAAAAAAGAAGAAUGUGGAAAUUUUAACAUUUGUACAAAACUGCUUGAUACGGAAGGAAAUGCCCUGUUAGAAAUGGAAACUAAACCCUGUGUCGAGAAGACAAAAAACAAAAUGUUUUCGGUGUAUUUUCCAAACCCCGUGAACAUUGGAGCAGACAAAUUGUUUACUCUCGUGGUAAACCUAGGAGGGUCACAGACGUAUUGGGGGAAGAAUGACUCAACACAAGUGAAUGUUGAUGAUUAUAUUUUUGAUUUCUUUGAUUCUGAUCUGCGAGAGUUUGAUAAACAGGUUUCAUCAACACGCCAAAUUCCAGCAUUAAUAUUCUCUCAAAGCAAAUUCCUGGAAAUGGAAUUAGCAUAACAAGUGAACUAUCAAAACUGGAUAGUUAAGAUAUUGUAAAGAAGACAAUUAUGAAUUCAGUACAGCUUAAUGUAAUAUAUUAGGCAGAAAUGAACACCCACUGAAAAAAACAAGCAAAAACAAAAACAUGGGUCCGACGGAUCUGUGAAGUAUGCUUGAUAUUACUCUGUUACCAUGGUUUGUAACUUGCGGAUAUAAGUAAAUGCUUUGAUAAUAAAUGAAGGACUAGCAUCUGAA